UUUGUUGCUAGGCCCGGCCGCGGAGCGCGGUGAGGACGUGUAGGACGGUCUUGUCUACGCUUGGGCACUCCAGACGCGCGAGUACCGCUUUACCCUUUCCACGACUUCAGCCGAGCAUGUUCUCCAGAGCCCAGGUGAGGCGAAUUCUGCAGCGAGUGCCGGGGAAGCAGCGACUCGGCAUCUACAGGUUCCUGCCCUUCUUUUUUGUCCUGGGAGGAACAAUGGAGUGGAUCAUGAUUAAAGUGCGUGUGGGCCAGGAGACUUUCUAUGAUGUCUACCGUAGAAAAGCCUCAGAAAGACAAUAUCAGAGAAGGCUGGAAGAAGCAUCAGAGACUGAACUUCAGCAGCCAAUAAAUUAACUAGGGCCUGCCUAAUAGCACCCUGGGCUGGUUCUGCACUGCCUUAGAGCUUCUGCCUGGUUCCUGGCUCCUGGUUCCUACUGCACUGCACAUGGGAAGGAAUCUGGAGAAGUGCUCUGGCUUCCAGUGCCCCAUGGCCCAUGGCGAACAGUUCUUAGAGGCUCUCCAAGAAAGUCUCAUCCAGACCUUAAAAAGGGAAAUAAAAUGAAUGCAUGAAAUAAAUAAAUAAUUUAACCAAAA